GGGACAUCAUCGGGUUCCGCGUUAGCUCCCCUGCUUAUCAGUCAUUAUUCAUACUUAUAAUAUAACAGGUUCUUCAAGAACACUGGCGCCGUAGUCGGUGUCUUCCUUGUGAUUGGUUUGGCCGUUGCAUCCAUUGUGCUGUGGAUCUUCUUUUUCAUCCAACGUAAGCGCCGUAUCAAUCGAAUUGACCAUGACACCGAAAUCGAGGCAGCUGUUGCUGCCUCGGGCUUUGGUCGAGCUCCUUUGGAUGAUGACAAUGAUUACCGAGGUGCCCGGUCGUUACAGUCACAUUCUUUGUCUUCGGCGCAGAUGGUACAGCGCGUGAGCCCCGUUGGUUAUAUUCCCGAUGGUUCUGGCUUGCCCACUGCCGGUCAGCCAGUUUCAGAGGGUCCAUUUGAUGAUGACAAUGUCGCAUUCAAUCCUUACGCGGGCUAUGUAGUUGAAGGUAUACCAACAAGUGGAGGGUAUAUUCAAGCUCGCAGUGCUAGUCCUCCUCCGGAAGCUGAGCAGCAAGGGCCUCCUAGUAGUGCAGCAUUGCAUGAUAUUGGUGAUUCCUCCCGGGAUCGGAAAAGCUCCUAUGGCCAUACCCCCACGUACAGCGUUGCAAGCUAUGAGCCGCUACUCGCCGCAUAUACGCAGGGAUCCUCUGCGGAGCGAGGCGCCAGCUCACCGCCCACGCCGCCCCCAAGGAACCCAGCACGACGUGCGCACCUUGACAGUGCCGCUUCCCGCCCUGCGAAUAAUUCAUCGGAUGGAGGUAUCGAUGAUAGGUUGGAUCCUGAAAUUCGGAGGCGGACCAGGUCGGAUAGUCUUGGCUCAGACGAUCUCAAGGAUGAAGAAGACUACAGCCGGCCGGUGCUUACCGUAAGGUUUUCGAUUUUCUUUCUCGACGCUAUACUUAGACAUCACAGGUCCGCAAUAUGCCUGAUGGUCGCAGUAUAAAUUCUGCACUGUGACGGACAUUGUGUUUGCGUUCUGGGUUUUGUUUCCUUCCGGAAAGAAAUCUGACUGUUGUGUCAUUAAUGUUGUGUCCGAAAUAAUCUGGACUAUUUACUGAUUUGUUGAGCAGAUCAUAAUCAUCCUCAUCCUUUCUGACCCUCGUACAUACUGCAACCGCAUUCUGUAUAUCAUCACAAACCAUGGACAUACA